AUGUCGUCGAAGCUCAAACCCAAGAUACCCAUGAUGGUCUCUGGAACUUUCAAGGCAGCGAUAAUCGCGGCAAUCAUUGGCACUUCGGCCGCAGUCGAUACUUGGGGCGGCUCCGUAUCCCUUGGCCCAACAACCUCAACCAUCAUCAAGGCCGCGACAACAAUUAUCCCUGGCACCGCACCUCCCACACAAAACGGAGUGCUGGCUCUGUGGCCAGGUAUGUCGAAUGGCACCGGUGAUCUCGUUCAAACGACCCUAGAAUCUUGGCCGGACAACUCUUGGUGUGGCGCCAAGAAGGGACAGUGGUGCGUCCGGGCCUCACUUUUCGGAUCCUUUGGGCAACUCAGCGGCGACGCUUCUGCCGUAUCGGGCACCCAGAAAGUCAAGAUCGAAUAUGAACUCCUCUCGGAUAACGAUACCUGGCGCCAGACCGUCACCGAUGCCGACACCGGUGCAAAGCUCAGCUCGUUUGAGCACAAGUCUGGCCCGUUUAUGAGAGGCUACGGGACUGGAACCGAAUGCAACGCCAACUGCAGUCCUACUAUUGCGUCACAAAAGUAUAUAGAUACCGUCAUCACUCUUGCAGGCCCCGAUAAUGGUUUUGGGAAGACAGUUGCCACCGCUCAGAAGGCCACAUAUUCUGGUCUCUCGAGCAGCCAGAAUGGAAAGGUUUGGACUAUCAAGGAGAUCAAUGUCCCUGCGAUGGUUUAA